AUAUUUGAUGAACUCUACACCUCUGAUGCCUGGCUGGAGGCUCAGAAUGAUCUUCACAAGCUCCCAAAAAAACCUGGAUGUUCACUGGAAUGCACCAUUGCAGGGCUGAUGCUCUUUUCUGAUGCUACUCAUCUGGUGAACUUUGGGACAGCGAAAGCUUGGCCAUUAUACAUGUAUUUUGGAAACCUGACAAAAUACUCACGAUCGCAACCACAAUUGGGAGCAUAUCACCUUGUAGCAUUCCUACCUUCACUUCCCGACAGUGUCAAAGAUGUUUUAAGUAAUCUAUUUUGUAUUUCUAAAACUGGCAUGGCAACCCUUCAUGCGCACUACCACAGGGAAUUAUUUCAUGCAUGCUGGGAAAUCUUGUUGGACAAGGACUUUCUUCAUGUGUAUUGCCAUGGUGUUAUUUUAAAAUGCGCUGAUGGAGUGCUGCAAAGAGUCUUUCCUGAAUAUUUACAUAUUCAGCUGAUUAUCCUGAAAAGUACAUUUUUUUGGACUGUUUAA